AUGAAUGCACUAGAGAGCCAGCGGGCUCCAACCAGACCGACACGGCACCGCUGGAACAUCCUAGUCAUCGUCAUAACCCUCCUGGUGAUCUUCAUUGCUACUCUCAGCUCCCACCUACCACACGAAGGAAAUCCUCGAUCUAACCCGAUCGGAUUUCACAAGCAAGCUGUACAGGAGCACGACUGGAGCAAUGGGACCUCCAAAGUACAGCCAUAUGUCUUCCCGAAACUCCAGAGCCGUGCUACCUCCCUGGACUGGAGCACAGCAGUCGAUAAAGGCUGGCGCCUCGCUUGCGACAUGAACAAGCCCGCAACCGCCAUCCAUCAAUCGGAAUGGGUGGGCAUUAUUGCGCUGGACAAGUUCGGCUGGGCCUCUGCAAAACCAACAACACAAAUCCAGGCAGUCUUCGACGGCCUCGGACUGAACGAUGCAUUGAGAGGUCUCCAGGUCAGCACAGACGCUUCCAAAUACAAGGACAUGAACAUCAGGAACAACAAUAAAGUCAAGUACGAAGGCCAAGAGUUCUUACCGACCUAUGCGUGGUAUCACAACAUGUUCAAUGUGGAGGACGGUGUCAUCAUCGCUCGCGACAAUUACGGUCCUGCUUACUCGGCUUCGCGCAUGGACCCGCCAGUUGCUAAAGAGAAGAUCACAAUACUCAGGAACUGGUCCGACCUUAUCUGGCUGGCGUGGCAGGAUCUGUCAAAGUCGUCAGCUAAGAACAUCAGGCACUUCAUUCGCUACGGCGUGAACAACGAUCAGACUAUACAACUCGUUCGCAUGGCCAGGGCUGGAAAGGGUGGGGACUGGCAGAGUGUUGACGAUUUUCCACCUCAGUGGCCGGGAUGGCAGUUCAAUAUCAAAGAAGAUGGUGCCAAGCUGAUCUUGCAAUCUUCCAACGGCGUUGGCCCAGCACACUUCUUGAUCCAGCACAAGAUGCAGCUCGGUGUUCGGAUGAUUCACAAGAUACAUGCCUUCGACUGCCCGAAUGACAUGGAUCCCCAGCUUUGUAUCUACUUUCAUGCUGUGGAUGGUCCGUUGGACGAGGAGGAGUUCUCCUGA